CAACCACAUUAAUCCAGCCCUCUGCACACAAUGUCCUCGUCAGUCUUUCGUCCUGGCGCUCUGGCGGUGCUCAGCGGCUCGGCUUCUGGAGUUGGUUAUGCUUUUGCAGCCCAGCUUCGACGACAAGGGCUACACCUGGCCCUGCUUGACAUCAACAAGGAAAGCCUGAACAAGGCGGCCUCAAUUCUACAGUCUCUCGAAACCCAGGGCAACCCCAAGAUCGAGACCUACGAUCUAGACGUGUCGGACCAUUCCUCAUGGGAGAAAGUGCGCGACUCCUUGGCCACUAAAUUUCCUGGAACAAACGGCAUUGACUUUCUACUCCUUAAUGCUGGACGUUCAGUCAAGCCUACAACGGCGCAGCCCUGGGAGGACAUUGAGUACUUCCAAAAGACGCUCGACACCAACCUGUUUGGCGUCAUCAACGGGCUGAGUGUCCUCCUUCCCCUAGUCCAGAAGUCGUCUGGACCCUCGGCCAUUGUCCUAACGGGCAGCAAGCAAGGCAUCACUAACCCACCGGGCAACCCAGCCUACAAUGCCUCCAAGGCCGCGGUCAAAUCUCUUGCUGAACAGCUUGCUCAUAGCCUGCGAACCAAAAACAAUCCCAGCUACGCUCCCCAUGUGUCUGCCCAUCUGCUCGUCCCCGGUUGGACUUUCACAGGCCUUAGUGGCAACCAGGGCCCCGUCUCGGACGAAGAGGCUACCAAAUCCAAACCCAAGGCUGCGUGGCUAGGCAGUCAAGUGGCCGAGUAUGGAAUUGCCAAGAUCAACGACGGCAAAUUCUACAUCUUGUGUCCAGACUACGACGUCGACGAGGCCCUCGACCAAGCCCGGGUUACCUGGGCCAGUGCCGAUAUCACCGAGGGCAGAAGUCCCUUGAGUAGAUGGGAUGACGAGUGGAAGGACAGAGCGGCCGAUUGGAUCAAGGAAGAUGCGGAGAAGAGAAGAAAGUAAUGGGGCCAAAGGCAACUUGCAUCAAAUUCAGUGUACAUGAUAUAUGUAUAUACAAUCGACCAUGCCAAUUGGACUCCUA